CACUCUACACACCCACAUUCAAUACUACUAUGGCGGACGAAGACAAAGAUAAGGCUGAGAAGGUUGCUGCAGCUAAGAAGCGCUACGAACAGUUGAAGAAGCAGAAGGCCAAGAAAGCUGGCGGUGCUAAGAAGAAGGACAAGAAGGACGAGGCAGAAGCUACAGAAGCUCCUGCUGAAGCUCCCGCUACAUCUGCGCCAGCUGAGGAGAAGGCAGAAGAUGCUCCAUUUGAGCCGGCAGAUCUGCCUACAGAGACUGCAGAGCCUGGAUCUCCGGUAUCCGCAGACGAUGACGAGCCCACCGAUCUACCCGUACCUAAGCCAUCCCAUGGCCGCAAGCCUUCAGUCGCUGUCGAGUCACGCCAGAGAUCCGAGGACUUCUAUCGAUCAGGUGCUGGACCUAUGUCACCUACCGGUCUGAUACCUGGCGGCGGCGUGUCGAGCGAGAUCUAUCGCGAGCAGGUGCAGAAGAUUGGGGAGCUCGAAAUGGAGAAGAUCAAGCUAGCUGCCGAAGUUGAGGAAUACAAGACAAAGUGGGAAAAGGAUGAGGAGGAACUCGAGGAGUUCAGGGAGAACAAGGGCGAAGCUGCAAUUGCGCUCGAGAAGAGCAAACAGGCCGAUAAGCUGAUGUCAGAGGUCGAGUCUCUCACACGCCAGCUUUCGCAGCUACGAACACAAACCGAGAAGUCCACUCGCCGCGCCUCAGCUGCUUCGCCCAGCCAGACUGAAUCGAUCGAUGACCUGAACGCUCAAAUUACCUCGAAAUCAGCAACGAUCGAAUCACUCGAACUGGAAAUCUCCAAAGCCAAUAUGCAGUUGACUGAGCAAACGAACAAGAAUAACGAGCUCCAGUCAAAAGUGUCGAGUCUUGAGUCAGCACUACAAAAGGCAGAGCAGGAGGCCAGUUCGACAAAGACGGAACUCUCGGACCUGAAGGCGAGUCUGGACAAGGCGAGCGAGCAGGCAGCUAAGGAGGGCUCAGACCGUGAUUCUGCGCACACACGGAUUGCGCAGGUUGAGGCUGAACUCGGUACUGCUAACCGCAAAGCCUCAGAUGCAAUCUCGAGAGCGGAGUUGCUUGAGAAGAAGAUCGAGACGCUUACACAACUGCACCGGGACAACGACACACGCAACCAGGCGCGUGUUCAAGAGAGCGCCAAAGUCGAGCGUGAAGCUGCGGAGCUUCGAUCUCGCGUGACAGGCUUGAGCAAUGAGAAUGCUCGCUUGCGUGAAGCUGAGCAGCGCCGCCGAAAAGCAAACCUCGACUCUAUAGAGGAUUCAAGUGUGCAAGAGCUUGAAGACGAGGAGCGCGAUCGCCUCAUGGCCAAGGUCCGUGAACUGGAAGAGGAUAACUUCGAGCUUCGUCGUGGCGUGUGGCGUGACCGCCGCACUGCUAUGCAACCUUCCAUCGACGACGCCGACCCUUCACAGCCAUACAAUAACUCCGGUUUCGAUGAUAUUGAUCUCUCUGGAGCUCCACCAACGCGUCCUGUUGGGCAGAAUCACUCUUCCUUCCAGGACGUCAUCAAGUCCGGUAUCUCUGCGUUCACGGGCCAGUCACAGCACCCAGCACAUCGACGCAGCGAUGCUGCAAAUCGCGGCAAGCCAAGAACAGAGAGUUUGACAAGUCUGCCGAGCUUAGAUGAUUUUGAGUUCGACGAAGAUGCGUUCAAGAAAGCACAGGAGGAAGAGGCCAAGAAAAGGCUUGAGCGCAUCAGAGAGACCAAGAGAGGGCUGAACGACUGGAAGGGCUGGAGAGUAGACGUUGUCGAUAUCAGAGUCGGUAUGGGUGGUGUCUUUGAAAUCUAGGCACAGAUACGGCUGCCGCCGCAUAGCUACGAUAAUGCAUCGAUCGCCAUGUAACACUGCCACGAGUAUGCUUCUUUUCAUGCUGCAGUAUGGUAUGUUCGCUCUGUGGUCCGACUAUCUCCAGCUUCCGA